AUGAAUUUUAAACAACCCCUACCAGUGUGCCGCAACUGCGUGGUGUCACCAACUGGAUCAUCGCCCCCGCCGCUGCAGGAACAGUCGCCGCCACCACCAGCGCCUUCGUCGCCGCAUCGGCUACCAUCACCACAGCCACAUCUAUCACCUCAGCCAAGCCAUAGCGGCUCAUCUAUACCCAGCACGUCGAAUUCACCCCACCCCUACUCUUACCCGAACAGGAGAAGCCAUUAUCAAGAUUAUCCAGGUCAAAGUUACCAAUCACCACAAAGCCCACAAUCGGCGAUGUCUCUAUCGCCACAUCCCGCACCCGUUCAGGGCAAGUUCCGAGGCUUGUUGGAGCAUGCAGAACGAUUGAUGAAACCGGGAGACCCCCACCGGCAUUCCCAGAGCGACGAUGACUCAGGCUGUGCGCUGGAAGAGUAUACCUGGGUACCACCCGGAUUGAGGCCUGAACAAGUGCAUCUAUAUUUUUCGGCGCUUCCUGAAGACAAAGUGCCUUAUGUGAACAGUGUUGGCGAGAGAUAUCGGCUGAAACAAUUGUUACAGCAACUCCCACCACAAGACAAUGAGGUGAGAUACUGCCACGCGUUGUCUGAUGAAGAGCGCAAAGAGUUGAGGCUGUUCAGCGCUCAGCGAAAGAGGGAGGCACUGGGACGAGGCCAGGCGAGGCAGCUGCAUGCACCAGCAACCUGCGAAAGGGUAAGUUGCGCAUGA